CGUGAGCAAUCAACCCAAGGCCCACAAAAUAGGGUUUCUGUGUGGGGGAGAGAGCCUCAUAGGUGGCGAUCUAAGAGAAGGUUCCCAAUAAUUUGGCGCCUCCAAUGGACGCCACGAAUCCAAUGCCAUAACCAUGCUUUCUCCCUCUCAUUUCCCACUAAAUUUCAGUAACAAUUCAAUCAAAAUAAUAUAUAUAUAUAUAUAAUACACAUAUAUGUGUAUACGCACGCACGUACGUAACCGACGUUGACAAGCCAAAAAAGCCUCUCCCAAAUUUCUUGUUAUAUUUCAUUGAACAUUCACGAAGACCAAAGAAAGGCACCUUGUUACAAUUUCUCCGGGUUGUGAGAAGUAGAGGAAUGGUCGGGUCGAGGCAGGGCAUACCUUCGUGGUUAACCGCGGCGGCAGCCACCAGGGUUGAUUUCGAAGGAGGCGCCGAAACCAUGUUCAAGGAUGGUAGAAAACAACCUUCUUCUGCGGCGGUGGAACUUUCUGAUGCCAAUUUGGGUUUUGGAGAGAGGGCUUUGUCUGCUGCCGGUGCUGCUGUUCUCUCCGCUAUCUUAGUUAACCCUCUUGAUAUCGCCAAGACUCGGUUGCAAGCACAAGCUGCUGGAGUUCCUUAUCAGGGGUUGUGCGGUAGUACAUGUUUUGAAACAGCCACGGUAUUUCCAGCUCCAAAAUAUUCUACAUCGUGUGAACCCGUGUGUCCUCCGGAAUGUGGCCAGUAUAAAGGAACACUGGAUGUCCUAUAUAAAAUUAUACGUCAGGAAGGAUUUACAAGACUGUGGAGAGGCACAAAUGCUAGCUUAGCAUUGGCUAUACCAACCGUGGGGAUAUACUUGCCUUGUUAUGAUGUCUUUCGUAAUUAUAUGGAAGGUUUCACGACUCAACAUUCUCCAAGUUUGACACCAUAUGUCCCAUUAGUGGCAGGAUCGGUUGCACGUUCAUUAGCUUGUGUUACUUGCUACCCUGUUGAAUUGGCAAGGACUCGCAUGCAGGCAUUCAAAGAAAGCGAAGCUGGUGUGAAGCCUGCAGGAGUUUGGAAAACGCUGCAUGAGGUCGUCAACCCUGCAAAGAGCACAAGCUCUCUUCAAAACCCCGUACAAAGAUAUCGCGUCUUGUGGACUGGCCUUGGAGCACAACUUGCCCGAGAUGUUCCAUUUUCUGCAAUCUGUUGGUCAACCCUUGAGCCAAUCCGGAAAAGACUUCUUGGUCUGAUGGGCGAUGAAGCCAGUGUGGCCAGCGUUCUCGGGGCAAAUUUUUCAGCUGGCUUCGUAGCAGGAAGCCUUGCAGCAGCUGCUACAUGUCCAUUAGAUGUGGCACGAACACGACGACAGAUUGAGAAUGAUCCUUCGAGAGUGUUGAAGAUGACCACAAGAAAGACUUUAGUAGAAAUAUGGAGGGAUGGAGGAAUGAAGGGGCUGUUCACAGGAGUAGGUCCACGAGUUGGCCGUGCUGGUCCUUCGGUUGGAAUAGUUGUAUCUUGCUAUGAAGUGGUCAAGUACACUAUAAAUCAGAGAAGACUCAAAAGCAAUCCAAAGUAGAGGGAAAACAUUCGAUUUAGGACCCAAAAAGAAUCAAACAAAUAUACAACACGAACAAAAAAAGAACGCCUUUAUGAGCGAACCAUUCUUUCUUUUUUUUCUUUUCUGAAGAGAAAGUGCUUUUCUGGAGCACUCUGUAAGUAGACUUUUUGAUUUUGCAUGUCUAAGCCGGCCUGGGAAUGCCAGAUUUGCCUUCCUAAUAUAGUAAUGAUAUUUUUGUUUUGUCCA